AUGAAUUUAGCGGUGGAAGACAAGAGUAAGAAGGUUUCAUUGAUUACACUCCCGCCCGAAGUGCUCAUCAGUAUCUUUAGUCAUGUCGAUGAGAAAGAUUUGUACGUUUUGCAACAAGUUUGCUCGUAUUUUGCCUGCUUGAUUAACGACGAGGAGUUGUGGAAGAAUUUGUUUGUUUCCAGGAUCCAUACGUGCUAUUUCCCAUCAUUUGCGCAGACCAACAAGUACAGUAUAGAGUAUUUGGAAAGACUACAGGGUUUAAGACAAUGGAAACAUAACAGAGCCAUCAAGACGAAAUACGUACUGUCUCCUUCUCCCAGAUAUCAGGUGCAGAUAGAGCGGAUUAUCUUUGAUUAUCCACGUUGUGCGUGUUACAAUGAUGGUAUCAUCACUUUGGUACAACUUCAUUCGAGAAGAAAGAAGGACAGACUUAUCUAUAUUCCAUGUACGACACCCCAGGGUUGUUCUACUAUGAGUUUUAAUAUCAAUGCGGCUGUUUUUGGGCGGUUUGAUGGUAGAGUAUUUGGAAAGUUGCUUAGCAACAAGUCUUAUCUGACACCGGUUACAGAAUUCGACUCGAGGCACUCUUCGUGUGUCACUGCAAUCACGACAUCUAUAUCGCAGGAUUCCCUCGAAGACUGGUGUGUGAGUGGGUCUGAAAAUGGUGAGUUGAUCUGGUGGUGCGAAACUCACAAGGUCAAAUCGCUGAAAAUAUCCAGCAAAGUCAUACUGCAUGUGGCUUUGUACAAGAAUUGGACUAUUGCCGCUGACAGCGAGAAAUUCUAUGUCAUCAAGGAUAUGGAGGACGUUCAUAUUAUUCCAUUACCAAAGACGAAAAAUACAGAUGGAUCAGAUGUUCAGUUACAAGUGCAAUUUUCAAAGAUCGAUUUCGGAUCAAUGUCCCUGAUAGUAGCCGAUACUCGACACCUGUUCGUCAUUUCUUUCAAUCCCGAUUUGGAUUUUGGCCGAUCACGCACAAUUUUGAUUCCUGAAACAAUAAGCAACCUGGAGAUUGACCUGGCUACAUGUAAGAGAGAGCAGAACAAAAGUCUAGCGGGUGAAGAUGGUUGUUUUCUUGCUGUUAUGACGAUGGAAAAUUCCAUUAAGCUAAUCAAUGUAAGAGCACCGGGAAACACAUUGAUAAUCGAAAACGAAUUGAAAUUUGAUGAACAGGUUUACACUUGUCAAGUAAGCAACUUGGUUCUUGUAUGUGCCCUGAGUGGCCAGUUGCAAGUGUAUGACGCCGCUGGUGCAAGAUUGAUCAAGACUGUACAAAAGACAGAUAAAUACCCACAGCAUUUGGCCAUAUCGCAGGGUAGAAUGAUUAUUGCAAGUGGCAAUCUUGUGCACUUCUUGCAAUAUAUUUCGGAUCCUUCACUUCUGAAAAAGCGUUCUGGUUCUGGAGGGCAGCGAGCACAUGGUAACAAGUGGGAUAAGCGGGUCAAUGCAGAGUUGGCCAUCUACGAUGAAGAAGAAUCACUGAGGAAGGAAAGAGCCUUGGAAAACGAAAGAUUGAUAGAAACUUAUGGUGGCGAUCUCAGUGAUGACGAAUUACAACUACGAAUAGCAUUAAUGGAGUCAGAGUCCUCCCAUUUCCCCAACUCUGCGCACCAAGCGGAGCAGUCUGGAGAAGAAGUUGACGACGAUCUUGAGCGGGCCAUUGAGGAAUCUCGAUUGGCCCAAGAAAAUCAGCAAUUUGUUGAAAGUUUUGCAGAUGAAGAUGAUGAAGAUUUCAUCAGAGCUCUGGAGCAAUCACGAGCAGAUGAAGAGCAUAAUUCUCAGCGGAUUCGUCGUUCCACUCCUCUGACGGAUGUGGACGACUCUCGUCCUUUGGAUCAGGCGAUCGCGGGGAAUGAUGAGGAUGACGAGGCACUUCGACUAGCUCUCGCCUUGUCGCUGAGCGAGGCAAAUUAG